UAUGAAUCACGUCUUUACGGACUGAACGGAUUCUAGCGGCUCACCAGCGCGCAGACGGAGGAAGCGGCCGAUCCCACUGCGACCUCCACACUCGGGCAACUUUUUGCGCACCCCGUCUCUCCAGAACCAGAACCGGGCCGCUGUCAGCUGUCACCUCGCCGCCGCCGCUCACAGGAAUAUCUUACUGCGAAAGAAGAAGCGAGUCGAGGGGAAGCGCCCAGACCCGAUCGGCUGAUUUCUGCUCUUUUGGAGCGGGGGAAAGUUAACAUCGCCAUGUCUUGCGGUGAUGCUUUGGAUCAGAGUCGGAGGUUCUGCGUGCUCUCUUGGGAUCAGGUGCAGCGCUUGGACUCGAUCCUGGGCGAGGCCGUGCCCAUCCACGGCCGGGGAAACUUCCCCACGCUGUCCGUGCAACCGCGUCAGAUUGUCCAGGUGGUGCGGGCGCGGCUGGAGGAGCGGGGCAUUGGCGUUAAAGACGUGCGGCUGAACGGGUCGGCUGCCAGCCACGUGCUCCACCAGGACACCGGGCUGGGCUACAAAGACCUGGACCUGAUCUUCGGCGUGUCGCUGAAGGACGACCAGGCGUUCCGCCUGGUGAAGGACGUCGUGCUCGACUGCAUGCUGGACUUCCUGCCGGCCGGGGUCUCCAAGGAGCGCAUCACGGCGCUGACCCUGAAAGAGGCGUACGUGCAGAAACUGGUGAAAGUCUGCAACGACACGGACCGCUGGAGUCUCAUCUCGCUGUCCAACAACACGGGCAAGAACGUGGAGCUAAAGUUCGUGGACUCGUUACGGCGGCAGUUCGAAUUCAGCGUGGACUCCUUCCAGAUUUGCCUCGACUCGUUGCUCUUGUUCGACCGCUGCUCCGAGACGCCCAUGUCGGAGAGCUUCCACCCCACGGUGGUCGGGGAGAGCGUGUACGGGGACUUCGCGGAGGCCAUGGACCACCUGUGCCAGAGGGUCAUAGCCACGCGCAGCCCGGAGGAGAUCAGGGGCGGCGGCCUGUUGAAGUACUGCCACCUCCUGGUGCGAGGCUUCACGCCCUCCUCGGAGGUGGACAUGAAGCAAAUGCAGCGCUACAUGUGCUCGCGCUUCUUCAUCGACUUCUCCGACAUCGGCGAGCAGCAGCGGAAGCUGGAGGCCUACCUGCAGAACCACUUCGCCGGCAUGGAGCACAAGCGCUACGAGUGCCUGAUGACCCUGCACCAGGUGGUGAACGAGAGCACCGUGUGCCUGAUGGGCCACGAGCGGCGGCAGACGCUCAGCCUCAUCUCCAUGCUGGCGCUGAAGGCGCUGGCCGAGCAGAACGCCAUCCCCACGGUCACCAACGUCACGUGCUACUACCAGCCGGCGCCGUACGUGCAGGACAUCAACUUCAGCAACUACUACGUCGCGCACGUGCAGGCGUCGCCGUGCAGUCACUCGUAUCAGACGUGGCUGCCGUGCAGCUGAAGGGGCUGCGGGGAGCGUCACGCGUUGAUCACUUUGUGGUUGUUUUCUUUUCGUUUGUUUUUUUUUAUUGGGAAAGAAUUUGACUGAAAGCACGCAGAAAAACCACCUUUGCCAAAUGUGACUAAAACAAUCUGUACUGCUGUACGACCGAUCGAGCCGACACAUUGAUUUCUCUCACUUUUCUUAUGCAAAACAUCUGUAAGAUUGCUGGUCAUUUCUGAGAUGUAGUGAUAAUAUCAUAUUUAAGUAUUAAAACGUCUUCAUGAAGCUUUAUAUACUGUUUGUCAGAAAUACAUUUUUGAGAAAACAAACUUUAAAGCCGGUGUUAUUUUCAUACUUUCGGCUUUAUUUUUUUUUUUAAUUACUUACUGGACCAAAGAUGUAUUUGUUGUCCAAAAAGGGAAUGUUGUCAUGAUUCCAAGUGCCUGAGCUGUUCUUAAAACAUCUGUAAAGUGAGAACUGUGCAGUCAGUGUUUUCUAGAUUACUCUGCUUCUCUUUUCAGGAACAGAGGCGUUCUUUAUGUGAGAUUAAAAUAAGGAAACCGUC